AGAAAAAUGUGUGCGUCUUUGUCGAACUUCAUACCAUAGCGUGGCACUUUCGUGGUCGAUUCUGAUUCGACGUUACCGAAGCCGGUCUUUCUCUCUUUCUCUCUCUACAAUUUCUUUUCGAAUUCUCGGUUAAACAAGAGUGAUUUAUCAUAUAAAAAUCGAAUCGAAUCGAAUUCUAUUUCUCUUUCUCUCAUAUUACAUAUUUAUUUAAUUAACGGUGACGAGAAAAUUGAUCCUCUCGAUUCGAUCAACGGCACGAUACUGCUCCAGUGUUUUCUAUCUUUGUUUAUUUCGGGCUCUACUCCCCUCCCUCACUCCUAUCGACUCUCACUCUCUCUGUCUCUCUUUCUCUCUCCCCUCCACUACCCUCCCCUAUUCACCAUUCCAGUACCAUAUAUAAUAGACACAUACAUACACUCUUCUUCUUCUGUUACUCUAUCUCUUUUCUUCCUUCGAUUAUAUCGUUACGAUAAACGUAUGAGAGAAGAGAGUCGAUAUCAACGAGAGGCAACCUUAAAUAAUCUAAAUAAAAUUGAUCCAAGUAAAUCUGUGAAUUUGUUUUAUGAAUCUCUAUAAUCGGUGAUAAAAUAUAUCAGAAAAGAAAAAGUUAACCGAUUCGAUUUUCUUUCGUCAAAGUUUUCUAUUUUUAUUCUACGUGACUUCUUUUUCUCUCUUUCUUCCUUUUCUUUUUUCUUUUUAUCUAAUCGAAUUGAUCGUAGUUCUUCGAUAAUAAGAUGUUAAUACCGUUGAUCAUAUUCAUCGGCACGAUCAUUGGAUCGAGCAUUUCUAUCGCCGAGGAUUGCAAAGGUUGCGUCCCUUUGGAUUCUUAUUCCUUCGACAAGGUGAUAGCCAAGUUUAAGGCAUCAGUUGUCAAAUUUGAUGUAGCAUUUCCAUAUGGAGAAAAACAUUUACAAUUUGGAAAGAUAGCAGCAUCCACCAAAGAGUCUCAAGAUCUUUUAGUCGCUGAAGUUGGCGUUAAAGAUUUUGGCAACAAAGAUAACGCAGACUUGGCUAAGCGUUAUAACAUUAAGAAGGAAGAUUUUCCAGUUGUACUAUUGUUUUUACAAGGAAAAACGGAACCUCUUAGAUUUGUUGCAGAAAAGGAUGAUGAUUUUACUGCAGACAAUAUCAAACGAUUUGUUAAAUCAAAAUCAGGCGUUUAUCUUGGAUUACCAGGUUGUGUAGAGCAAUUAGAUAGACUUGCUGAGGAAUUUAAAACUAGUGCAGAAAAUGAUAGACAGGAAAUUUUACACAAAGCUAAAGUCUUUGAGGAAAUAUUACCAGAAACGCAACGUGCAGCUGCAAAGGUAUACGUUAAAACGAUGGAAAGAAUAUUGGAGCGAGGAGAUAUAUUUGUUCAAACAGAACAAACACGACUCGAAGGUCUUCUAAAAGGAAAAUUAUCAGAUGAGAAAAAGCGUACAAUGGAAGAAAGGAGAAAUAUUUUACAAUCAUUUACGCACAGGGAUGAGCUGUGAAAAAUUUUGUACACGAUAUGAAUCUCAAAGAUAUAAAAAAAUAUUCAGAUAUUAAAA